AUGGAGACUCAUGUUGACAGCUCAAAUGUUUCCAAGGUGUGUCAAAAGGUUUUUAAUUCGUGGUUUUGGACCACGAAUGCUAGUUGCUGUACGAAAGGAACUAGGAUCAUGCUCGGGUGGGAUCCUAAUGUAGUUGAUGUUAUGGUCCUCUCGCAAUCUGACCAGGUAGUUCAUACACAAGUAAUAUUCAAACUUGAUAAAAAGUCUCUAUUUUGUUCUUUUGUGUAUGCGGAGAACCAUUAUAUGAAUAGAAGGAGCUUGUGGCAGAAUUUAUGUGGUCAUAGUGUUUUCAUGAAGGAUAAGCAGUGGGCUCUUAUGGGGGAUUUCAACGCCUCAUUGUUUCUUGAUGAUUCGAGUGCUGGUACUUCGAGGUAUAACAUUGGUUCGCGGGAGUUUAAGGAAUGUAUUAAUACCAUUGAAGUCUUUGAUGUUAAUAGUACAGGCCUUCACUUCACAUGGACGAAUAAUCAUCAACGAGGUGGCACUAUUUUCAAAAAAUUGGACCGAAUCAUGUGCAACAUAAACUGUAUUACGGUUUUUCCAAAUGUAGGUGCGUUUUUUCACCCGUUUCAGGUCUCGGAUCAUGCCCCUUGUAUUCUGAAGUUACCAGGGAUAACUAGAGAAAAACCAAGGCCGUUUAAAUUUGUGAAUUUGAUUGCGGAGAAGCAUGGUUUUCUUGAUGAGGUAAAUCUGAUUUGGAACAAAGAAAUGACGGGGUUUCAUAUGUAUCAAAUUGUUAUGAAACUUAAGCUUCUUAAAACCCCCUUGAGAAAGCUAUUCAUUCAACAAGGCAAUCUGCAUGAGAAUGUUAAGAAGGCUAGAAAAGAGCUAGAUGAAUGCCAGGGUGAUUUGGAUCAGGAUCCGUCUAAUGGGAGCCUUCUCGCAAACCAUAGCAGGCUCCUUCAAAGAUAUAAGGAAGCUAUUCAUGAUGAAGCAAUGUUCUUACAACAGAAAUCGAAAGUUGAUUGGCUGAAUCUGGGGGACUCGAAUACGAAAUAUUUUCAUAACGUUGUGAAAGCUAAGAAUCAUCGUAGUCGAAUUCUAUCGAUACGUGAUUCUGGUGGGCUUUUACAUGAGGGGGUGGAUCUUAGUCCUAAUAUGGAUCUUUUUCACAAUAAGCUUUCGGCUGUAAAAGCUAAUAAUAUGAUCCGAUCAGUGACUGAAGGUGAAAUUAAAGAAGCAAUGUUCUCCAUUGCCGGGAAUAAGGCACCAGACCCGGAUGGAUAUACCUCUGUUUUCUUUAAGAAGGCGUGGGAUAUUGUGGGGAAAGAUGUCUGUUUAGCGAUUCAGAAUUUCUUUAUGAAUGGAAAGCUUCUUAAUCAGCUAAACCACACGAAAGAUCUCUGA